AUGGUGAACAAACGCACCAGGAACAGGCGGCGAGCCUCCAUGACGUAUCACAACGCUCAGCUUCCUGCCACUCCGCCGCAGCGGGAGCGCCGCCACAGCGAGGCCAUCUCCACCAAGACCAGCGAGGUGAGUUCCGCUGAGCCUGUCGUGGACGACCCCCAACUGUUUCCAACGCUGAGGUUGGCCAACGACGGCGAUGUCACGGCAAUGGAAGAAGGCGGACUGAAAGAUGGCAAGAAGAAGAUGGUCAUGAUGUCGCCACGACUGGAUGCGCAGCUCGGGGGUUACCCGCCGGAUUGUGGCACGAAGGAGCUCAAGUAUCUCUCGUACGCCAAAGUCCUGCGAGACCGUGGAAUGACGCACCCAAUGUGCUACUCAACCACUCGUGUGGAUGCGCUGGGGUUUGCCAUGCCUGAGCGGUAUCCGCUG